UGGUCAGUACGGUGUGGUGUGCGCGUCGUAAAAGUAGAUAGAGGACCGAAGGCAAAAACGUGAUUACCGGUUGUCAUGACGUUCGCGUGAAUCUCGUGCAUUGCGAUUCGCUGCCCAAGAAACAUGUUGAGUGAUAUCUGGUGCUCGAAUUCGCAAUGUACCGUCAGUGAUGCGACGGUGCAGUGCAAAUUGGUGCUGGUUUUGGUGCUACUCGCAAUCUUGCCUGACGUAUACACCGAAAGUCAUGGACCAUCCCCAGAUUUCAGCAGGCACGCGUUGGUUAGACCGCGGGUCUAUCACGGCAGGAGCAGACGUCAGAUCUCUUCGACCAAAGAGAACGAUGUGGAACACGCGGACGUGCUGACGGUGGGCUUCGAGCUGGACGGGGUGAAACGCGUCCUGGACCUGAGAUUGAACACCGAUCUGAUUCCGGUCGGCUACCAGCAGCGACAUCAGCAUCAGGGUACCUACAAAGUGCACGCGCCGUCGAAAGUCGAACUCUGCCACUAUCAGGGUAGCGUUCGAGACGUUCCCGGCUCCUGGGUAGCGGUGUCUACUUGCAGAGGACUACGCGGCGUUAUUUUCGAUGGAGAGAACCUCCAUCACAUCCAUCCGGAGCGGCAGUCUCUGGACUCGCGUCAUUACGUCUACAACCACAAGGAUCUCGUCGCCAAUCAUACUUGCGGUUACGAAGGAACGCCGCACCAUGUUCUCGACCAUGAACACCACGGGAUUGUCAACAGAGCCACGAGGCACAAGAGGGCAGCCGAAACGAUCAGAGGACCGUACAACGCGAACAGGCAUUCCCGAUACGUAGAGUUGGUUUUCGUGGUCGACAAGAAGGAAUACGUAGCCUUGGACGAGAAUUUGGACAACGUGUAUCAGCACUGCAAGGAUAUCGCUAAUAUCAUCAACGCACUGUACAUGCCUCUGAAUAUAUUCGUGGCGUUAGUCGGGGUGCAAGUUUGGUCUGACGUGGACGAAAUAACGCUGUCUGGGAAUGGGGACACCACCCUGUCGAAUUUCCUACGUUACAGGAGGGAGAAACUCGUGCAGGUCAUGCCGAACGAUAACGCCCAGCUGUUGACGCGAAUCACUUUCGAAGGCGGCGUGGUAGGAAAAGCGCUUAAGGGACCAAUAUGUACGUACGAGUUCUCCGGCGGUGUCUCGAUGGAUCACUCGAACGUCGUAGGAUUAGUGGCGGCCACAGUUGCUCACGAAAUGGGUCACAAUUUCGGUAUGGAACACGAUUCGGCUGAUUGCGAGUGUCCCGAAGAAAAAUGCAUCAUGGCAUCGUCGAGCGGUUCGUCGGGACCAACUCACUGGUCGACUUGCUCUCUGGAGCAUCUGGCUCUGGCAUUCGAGCACGGCAUGGAUUAUUGUUUGAGGAACAAACCGCAGAAGCUGUUCGAUAGCCCGAUUUGCGGUAACGGGUUCGUGGAACCUGGCGAACAGUGCGACUGCGGCCUGAAAGAGAACUGCGACAAUCCCUGCUGCAACGUAACCACCUGCAUGUUGCACAGCAACGCGAGCUGUGCCACCGGCGAGUGCUGCGAUCUAAAAACUUGUCGACCAAAGACCGCUGGUACCGAGUGCAGGAGCGCCGAGCACGAAUGCGAUUUACCGGAAUACUGUACCGGCCAAAGCGAGUACUGUCCGGUGGACGUGUUCAAGAUGGAUGGCGAGUCGUGCAGCAUGGGAAAAGCGUUUUGUUAUCAGGGCUCUUGCAGAACUCACAACGACCAGUGUAAACUGCUUUCCGAUCCGCAAUGCUACGAUAUGAACAUCAAAGGCACCAAGCACGGCAAUUGCGGCUACAAUUGGGUCGAAUCCAGCUACGUCAAAUGUACCGGCGAAAACCUUUUAUGCGGGAUGCUUCAUUGCAAGCACCUGAACGAGAGGCUGGAAUUCGGCAUGGAAUCGGUGGCGAUUCUGAGUCAUUCGUUCAUCAACAACGGCGGGAAAAUCAUACCGUGUCGCUCGGCCAUCGUCGACCUGGGGUUGAAUCAGGUGGACCCUGGUCUCGCGCCGGAUGGGGCAAAGUGUGCACCCGGAAAGAUGUGCGUGAAUCAAAAGUGCAUGCCGGUAGCCGACUUGCGUGCUUCCGUAUCCGGAGGGAAAGCAUGUCCCAAUAAUUGCGGAGGCAACGGGGUGUGCAAUAGUCUCGGCCAUUGUCAUUGCAAUCGUGGUUUCCGGCCACCUGACUGCACUCAACCUGGCGUGGGUGGCUCCGAGGACAGCGGGCCUGCCGAGGAUCCAAACGCGCGCAAUGAUUUUGUAAUGGCCCUGUACAUUAUAUUCUUGGGGAUCGUGCCGAUGAUUGCUCUGUCCUCUAUCGGCGUUUGGUACGUGAGAAACCCUGGUCAGCACCGGAAGAAAGGCAUGAUGUCAACGAGCGAUCGCGGCCACAACGGACUGUCCAUCAAAACGAUCGAUCGUUCCAGUCCCUUGCCUCGUAACAUCGAAACGAUCGAUUCUAGUCUCAGUCAGGAUCCAGCGUGUGCGAGUUUGUUGCCGAAAGCGGAUACCGACGAGCGUUACAACAAUAAUUUAUUCGGCCAGUUCAAAGGCUUUACGAUCACCCCGAUUAAGAAUCAAUCGAAGAACCCCGAGCCGACUAAGCCAGCACCUCCUCCGCCCACAAUCCCGACUGUAGCUAUUAAGACUAACAUCAAGACGGUAUCCAAGAGCAAUCCGUCACGCAGCUCGUUGCUCAAUACCACUACCAGCUUCAACGAGGUAUCCGUUGCUCCGACUUUGCCACCGCUGAAUCCAGGAUGUACUGCUCGUCCCUUGAUCAGCAGUCCUGUACUGGCAGCUACCACGUGUACUUCCGUCGAAUUGGUAGCUCCAAAAUUGCCUACCAAACCUAUGGCCGAUGGACCGAUUAGGCCGGCACCGGCACCGCCCAUCUCAACUGACGUCCAGAAACCGCAGAGGCCGAACAGCACGCCUUUGACCAACGUGUUGAUGCCCGAGCACGAGAAGAAGCCGGAAAAGGGCAGCACUUUGAACAGAAUCGCCUCGAUGCUUCGACCCAAUUCCGGUAUCAUGAAAGGAGGCCUGCAGAUGUCGCAUAAGGACGAGAAGAACACGAAUUCUCUACCUAGAAUACACCAUCACAAAGCGAAUAAAGUGAUAGACAAGGAGAUCUUGAGAAACUUGGAGAUCUCCAAUCCUAUCCCGCAAAAGGAGAUCGAGAUUCCUACGCCGGCGAUUCCCGUCAUCUCCGUCGCGGAUACGGAGAAAAAGAACGUGGUGUUGCGAGCUCAGUCCAUGAGGGACAGCAAGAUUACUCCGAGACCGGCGAUCCAGACGUUCGGAUCGAUGCGACAAACGACGCCGGUGAAAAGACCUACCAGUAUCCCGGCUAGCACCAGGCCUACGGCGCCACCUCCGGGUCCUCCCGUUCCCACGACAACGACCGACAAGAUCAACGAAACCGGGAAGAUUCCUGGACUACCCGGCUACCAGAAUCCGCAAGUGAAAAGCGUGCAGAAGGUCGUGGACAACGCCUACGACGACUGCAUGAAUCUCGUCUCCGACUCGUCGUUGACCAAGAUAGCCGAAGAGUCGCCAACGAACGACAAUAUCUAUGCCGUGAUAGAGGAGGCUCUUCCCGAGAAGAGCAGGAAGAACGUGGAGUUGGACAAACCGAUCGACAACGAAUACAAAUUGCCGAAACGCGUGGAGACCACGGCCAAUCCCGGUGGCUUGGAAUCGAUGGGUCUGCUGUCGGAGAUCGUGUCGGAGAUAUCGAAUCGAAACUUCGAUUCCAUAUACUCGACCGCGACCCUGUCCAGGAAGAACCAAGAGAACGAAGAUACAUCGAAGAACGCCGAGGACAUGAGUUACAACAAUUCCCUUGGCGCUUACAUGAACUCGACCCAUUACAAAUCACCGGGUAGUAGCAUUUAUUCGAAUUCCACGUCCGGUAAAUUCAAUUCGUCCAGCUCCACGACGAGUUCGGGUUACCUGAAUCCGUCAGCGUUGAACGUGCCGCAGCAAGAGCCCGAGAAGCUCGCCGAUACGAAACCGCUUAACAAAGGCAAGUUGCUGUCUCUGAAUUCGACGAAUCCGAAUCUGAACGACGAGAUAUCGAAGGAACUGGGGAUGAAGCCCACGGAGGACGUUGCGCCCCGUAAACCGGCCGUGUCGGUGAAAACUCGACCCGCUCAGCGGACAGUUGCAAGCUCGAAAAACGAGGAGGUGGCGGAGAGUAAAGAGCCAGUGAAACCGCCUCUCGGAAGAACGAAAACGCCGCCGAGCAUGACGAAAGGUUCGAUUACGAAAGACACGAAUGAGGCGAGAGCUGCCACGAGACAAGCUCUGGACAACGCGUUGAGGUCUAAACAGUAUUCUGACAGUAGCUUAAAGGGAUCGAAGCAGGGGUCCAACGCGAGCGUGGACGCAGCAGGGAAAAAUUCGGACGCGAAGGGUAGCAACGCGAAUCAGUCGAACGGUAGCCUAGAGAAGCAGGAUUCUCAUACGAAUGUUAAUAGAUUAUCUCUGAAAACUGUGCCUUGUAGUCCUAAGGAUAACGGGGGAAAGUUUAACAGUCCGGACUUAGUGUCGAGCUGUUCGAAUUCUAAUCAAAUCAGUACAAAAUCACCGGACGUUGUGGGAAACAAUCCAAAGCUUAGCUUUCAGCCGAAGAACGUUCAGAAGACGCCCACGCUGUCGCGAGGCAGCGCCGCGAAAACACCCGCCACGCCGACCAAGCCGUUGAACAUUGCGUCCAAAGGAACUAGUCUCGCGGAGAAAAAGAAAUCUCCGACCGGUAACGUGAACGCGACCAAAUCGUUAUCGUCGGCCGCGAAGGAACCGGCGUCGAAGAACUCGCAGGCGAAGCCGGGCCAAAAGACGGAGGCGAAAAACGGGGAUUCAGCUGCGAAAUCGAACCCGGUGCAACGAGCAGCGAGCAGCAAGUCGAACGUGGCCUCCCUGCAACAGAAAUUCGAGGCGAACAAGAGCGUUAACGCGUCAAGGACGAUACCGAGCGUACACAAAAAGACAGUCGGGAAAACGACUGAAACGACGGGUGUUAAGAAAUAGAGAAUUAAGUGGACGAAUAGACGGACGAAUAGGAGAGUGGUCAACUGGGCGAGGGAAGCGUAUAGGGUCUAUUUAAAAUAUUCUAGUCUAUCGAUUAUUCGGAUGAAAACGCGGGAACCUACGAGAGAUAUAUGAUAUUUCUGUUCAGACGAUAUUUCUACGAUGUUAUUUUAUUUAAAAGACCAGCCACGGGAAUGUGGAGUCAUAAUAGUACAAUGAUCAACUGUUCGCUCGGGAAGCCGAACGGAGAAACGGGUUGAUCGAAUGCCACACGCAGACUCUUGUAUUUACUGUCAGAAUACUGAAAUUAGGUUGUAUCGACCGCAAAACACGCGACACAAUAUUACCGCUGUAAAUAGUAGUUACUUAAAGAUUCUAAUAUUUUUUGUAGAGAUUAUCCGUUACUGUAACGUUCGGAUAUAUUACGCGAGACAUUAACGAUCAUCGGGAUAUUUAUCGUAAGAGCAUUUUGUAAACGAGAUGACAGAAUAAGCAAUAAUUAUUUUCAAAAGUUUUGCUCGAUGCCGCAAGAGGAACGCGUAAGAAAUUAUUGAACUCUGUGAUAUACAUGUAACGAGAGGUAAUACAGAAACAUCGUACCGUACAUUAUUAUAAGUAGCAGAUUAUAGAUGCGACCAAAUCUAUCAUUUUAUAUAUCGUAUCACGUGAAAAAGAAAAAAAAAAAAAAGAAAGGAAAAAAGAAAUAAAAACGGGAAAAACGCGGAAAAUGAAAAACAGCAACUUGAGAAUAUAAAAAUUGUCAAGAGGAAGAAACGUCAGUUUCGAAAGGAAAACCAUAUCCGGGAAAAUGGGGAAACUCUAUGAAACGGUAGCUCUUUCCAAAGACUAAAUAAGCGUCGUUAAAGUCCAUUUUCAUGAACGCGAUCGUACCUUCGAGAUUCUUGCGCGAAUCAAAAUUUCUAGACGCGAUUAGCUAAGAGAGCUUAAACGGUAGUGUCUGCUAGAGUUUUACGCUGUGCUCGAAAUCAAAGCAGAAUUUCUUCUACGAUAAAGUGCGCUAGAGUACAAUGGUAAAACUAUUUUGUUUAAAAUCACACGGUCGACUGAGCAUAGUCGUCCUUUUACUUCGGCACGAUUCUUUGCAUAUGAGAUACAAAUUUCGAACCUCGGCGUUCGAUUGCUAAAUUACUUAGCAUCAUUAG